UUUUGCGCGAAGAUUUCCGUAUAGAACCGCAGAGUGCGCGAGUUGCUGCCGGCGACGACGUGAUCUUGGAGUGCGGUCCGCCGCGCGGCACACCGGAACCGCAGAUCACGUGGCGCAAGGAUGGACAUACUUUGGACAUUGAAGGAAGAUACAAGAUCGUCGAUGGAGGUAGUUUAGCCAUUACGGAUGCACGUAAUGCCGACGAUGGGAGGUAUCAGUGCGUCGCCAGGAACGUUGCCGGAAUCAGGGAAUCCGCGGUGGCCCUCCUAAAAGUUCACGUUAAGCCGUACCUGAUACGACCUCCGGAUGAUCUGAUGGCACUGGUCGGGAGCACCGUAGAAUUUUCGUGCGGAGUGGGCGGAGAUCCGUUGCCGGACGUGCUUUGGAGGCGGAGCGCUCCCGGCGGCACUAUGCCUCUGGGUAGGGUUCGAGUUCUCGAGGAUCGCAGCUUGCGUCUGGAACGAGUCACCUUGUCGGAUCAGGGAAAGUACAUUUGCGAGGCGGAUAAUCCAGCCGGGGCGUUGACGGCGUCGGCCACGCUCACCGUUUACGCUCCACCCACAUUCAGUACCCGCCCACUGGCUCAAACGGUGGAGGUCGGUCAGGAGGUGUCCUUCCACUGCAACGCACAUGGCAGUCCUAAACCCUUCAUCUUCUGGACGUUCGAAGGAGAUCGUGCCUUGAUAUUCCCUGGCACGUCCAGCAGCAAUUACGAGGCCUUCACCAACACCGAGGGUCACUCCACUUUGAUCCUGAAGAACGCCCACAUACAGAAUUCUGGAACGGUGAUAGUAUGCUCGGCGGUGAACGCGGCAGGCUCGGUUUCUACGAGAACCAGAUUAACGGUCUCGUCAAAAGAGAACCGACCGCCACCAGUGAUAGUACGUGGCCCAGUUAACCAAACCCUUCCCAUAAACUCCAUAGCCGUUUUCCAUUGCGAAGCAACAGGUAAUCCAGAACCUAUCAUCUCUUGGUACAAGGAGGGCAUCCCGGUGCAAGCAUCUGAAAAAGUUAAUUUAACAAAGUCGGGUCAUCUCGAGAUUAUCAAACUGCGAAAAGAUGAUUCCGGUAUUUACACGUGCGUGGCUUCCUCGAGGAGCGGCAAGGCCACUUGGACUGGUCACCUGCGCGUCGAAAAUCCCAAGAAUCCGAACAUAAACUUUUUCAAGGCGCCUGAGGCGGUUACGCUUCCGGGUCCGCCCAGCAGACCGCACGCUCUGAACCAAUCGGAGGGUAGCGUCACCAUAACCUGGGGACAGAACAACAAAAUCGGUUCAUCCAGUCUUUUGGGUUACCAGAUCGAACUGUUCGGUAGGGAAGACGGAGUGAUCCCUUCGUGGACAAUAGUUGCGAGACGUGUCCCAGGUCCCAGAUACACCCAGCACCUCCUAUCUCCGAACAUCCCUUACACUUUCCUCAUACGUGCAGAAAACAGGCACGGCCUGGGUCCACCGUCUCAGAUGUCCGAGCAGAUCUUCGUCGGAUCAGAUCCGGCGCAGAAUUGGGGAAACCCCGAGGUAACGAUAUUGAGCGAGGCAAGAGCUUCGCUCGUUUCGGGUACCAUCGUUAAAUUAGCUGAAGUGAUUCCGGUGCUGCCGACGGCGGUUAAAUUAGUUUGGGAAAUACUGGAUUCCCAGUACGUCGAAGGACUGUACAUUUACUAUGUCUCCAUGGAUACGGCACCGGAAUUUCCACGAAGCUACAGCAUGCUGACCGUGCUGCACACGGGAACUACUUCCGGGUUUACUGUUAACAACUUGGAGAGGUGGUCGCGUUACCAGUUCUUCAUUAUACCGUUCUACAAAACCAUUGAGGGGCAACCUUCGAAUUCGCGAAUCGUCAGAACGUUGGAGGAUGCCCCGUCGGAAGCUCCGACUCACAUGGAGGCGUUGCUCCUGAAUUCGACUGCGGUCUACCUGAAAUGGAAGAGUCCCCCGUUGGGCAGUUUAAAUGGAGAGCUUCAAGGAUACAAGGUAGAGGUGCGGUCCAACGGCACCGACGGUCAUCUGGAUGUGGUUCAAGUCGGUGUUACACCGACUUUACUGCUGGGCAAUUUAACUGCGGGGAUUUCGUAUAAUAUUAGGGUUGCAGCGGCGACUAGAGCGGGGGCGGGUCCUUACAGCGUGGCGGCUUUACUCCGCCUCGACCCCGCCUCCAGAUCCAUAGAUCAUCAUCAGCGUCCGCUUAAUCCGGACAUGCAACCGGGCGAUUUCAUCACGGAAACCUGGUUUCUGGCGCUUCUCAUCAGCAUGGUGACGGUGAUGGUUCUCCUCUUCGGAGCGAUGCUUCUGGUGCGGCGAAGACAGAUGCUCUCAAAGAAAACGAUCCCGCCGAGCAGAUCGAACGGGGGCGUCCUCAAUACGCCAAUCACCGGUAAACUCGAUCCGCCCCUGUGGAUGGACAAGGAUAACUUGCCGGACUAUUCGAGCACCCUGCCGGACUACACUAAAUUCACGACGCAACAGGACUACAACCGGAUGGAGUACAACAGUUUGAACGGACCUAAGCUUACCAAAAACGGUAUAAGCAUUAAUUUGCACACUAAUCCUCUGCACCAAGAGAAGUACGCUCGACCCAAUCAGCUGGAAUACAGCACUGAACCGAACGGUUCUGUAAGCUACAAAGCGCUGACCGAUCGGAGCAACAUGCAAGUCCAGGAGUACGCGAGUCCUAACGUGGAACGAGUUUCCGAUUAUGCCGAGGUGAACACAAGCGCCACCUCUCCGGCGCCAUACGCAACGACGACCCUCGUAACCGGAAGCCGUCGGAACGGAAACUCUUUGAUUUGGAACGCCAGCGGUCAAACGCCCGAAGAGGAGGAGGUGUACCCUGCCUCGAAUGGCGGCUACUACAACCGGAAGGUCUACUCGGACUCAUAUUUUGCUCCGAAUCAAACGCUGAAACGACCCAAGAAAGACCGGAAAGGUGGCGGUGGAAGUGGUGGUGGUGGUGGUGGUCAAGCGAGCAAUCCUCCCGAUCUGGUCUCCCCGAAUCAACCUGUCUACGCGAGAGUCGGUCCACCAGGGAUGUCAUGGAGAGGCCCCGCCCCGCAGCUGAGCAGCUUCACGCCCUCCCCCCACCACAAGCAGCUGUACCACCCUUCGACGAGGAGCGAACCGGGCGGAAACAUGCUGUAAUUGAUGACCGUUUCGAUGCGCAGUUGGAUGAAAAAUCGCAAUCAGGAAAACAGAUGAUUAACAAAUUUAAAAAA